UUAUUUAAGGUGGGAGGGGCUAAGUGCUCAGGAAUUCAACUAGAAGCAGGAAAUCAGAUACAGAUGAGCUGGAAAAUGACAGCAGAGUCACAUUAUGAGCUCAAAGCAAAACGCCGUCAAUAAAAACACUAAAUAUCUGGAGGAGGAAUUCACUGUGGCCUCUGGAUGUCUCCAGCGGGCCUGGAUCGGACUGCAUGAAGACGUGAAUAGCUGGAGGUGGUCCAUGUCAGACCAGUAUCAGAACCAGUUCAGGAACUGGGCAGCUGGACAACCCAACAAUAAGUUUGGCAGAGAGAGCUGUGGUGCAUUAAGUGCAGAUGGAUCCUGGUAUGAUGUGUCCUGCUCUCAAACCUUACACAUGGUUUGCUUCAAUGUCUGCGGAACAAAUCCUACGUUUUACUACAGCAGCACCAAACGGAGCUGGACUGAAGCUCAGAGCUUCUGCAGAGAACAUUACAGAGACCUGGCCAGCGUGAGACACCUGUCUGACAACAAGGUGAUCCAGGGUUUGGUCCAGAGAGCGGCCUGGAUGGGUCUGUACCGAGACUCCUGGAAGUGGGCGGAUGGAGGGAACUCCUCCUUCAGGAACUGGAACCGAGACGAACCCAAUCACAACGGGAAGGAGGGAUGCGCUGCUGGCUAACUUUGGGAACGCUGGGAAAUGGGAGGACUGGAGCUGCGGCGAGAAGAAAGCCUUCGUUUGUUACGCUGCGGUCCAGUCAAAGCAUCUGGUGAAACUGCAGCUGGAGUUUCCAUCGUCUCUGACGGAGGAUGACUCCGCCAUGAUGGAGGAACUCCUGAUCAAGCUGAAACAGAAGCUGAAGGACGACGGAGUGAAAGGAGACGUGAAAGUGAGCUGGAGGAAACGACCAGACGGAAAAAUCCUCCACAAACCAAAGAAGAAGAAAGAUGAACUUUAAAUACUGGAUCAUUGCAUUUAAUCGUUUUUGGGUUAAAUGGUGGUUUAAAAGUUAAUAUUUUAUCUUUAGUCUUUAAAGGGUGAUUGAUUUAUGAUAUUUGGGGGCUUUAAAUGCUGAGGGGAAGUGGAUCCUUAGGAAAUAAAGAAAAUCAGCUUUACACUGAAACAGGAAACAGACGGAAACACCAGUUUCUUCCUUAAGAUUUUGUCCUUUUUUCAUUUCAGAUUAAAUCAUUUUUAAAUACAGAAAAAAAUGAAAUUAUUCAGACUUUAUAUUUUGUUGGGACAGUCAGGAAAACAAACCACAUUAGUCCAUCACAGCAGUUUGAAAUAAAACAACUUUCUGAUCAUUUCUGGUGAACAGCUGAACCCUUGUCCACCAAAGGUCAUGACCUCUGAACCCUGACGGAAACAACAAAGUCCUGGAGGAAUAAAUAUGCUGCUGGAGAAAAUGUGGUUUAUUCCAGAGCAGAAAUAUUGAUUUAAGAUGCUUUUCAGGGGUUUGUUUACAUGUAAACAAUGUUUUUCUUAUUAUUCUGCACUCAAAAUGUGGAAUGUGUAAAAUUACUUCAACUGGAUCUUAUUCAUAACCUUCCAACGGUACCAGAACUGCUUCUGACUGCAGUCUGGAUUUAUGUAGAGAUCAUUGAUCACUUUGGCAAUGGCUGAACGACAUCAGAGCGAUUGAUUAUUGAUAAGAAGCUGUUUAAUGUUCCAAUCAGGUUUUUAUGACUGAGGCCUGGAGAUUAUCCCUCAGGUGAAACAGUAAAAGGAAGACGUCCAGCAGUAGAAUAAGUGACUUCCUGUUGAAAGGGGGCGGGGCUACGUGAUGUCACCAGCUGACCGUGUGAAUGUGUUGGUGCUGCUCUGUUAUGAGACACACAGGGUGAUGCAGCUGGGUUGGUGUGGAAGUUCUUCCAUCUUCAUGCUUUUGGUCAGACUUUGAGGUGUGGCCACGCCCACAUGCUGUGACCACGCCCACAUGCUGUGGCCACGCCCACAUGUUGCGGCCACGCCCACAUGCUGUGAAGCUAAAAACUUUUGAUAACUUUGAUACAUCAGAUUAAAACAGAUUUUUAGAAAUGUUUCCUGUUAAUUCUAGAAAAUGUGAAUUGGACACAUGGAUGGAGUCGAGUAUUAGCUUAGGCUCAACAUCCCACCAGCAGAGAGGGAGGGACUGAUUCGUCAGGCAAACGAAAACGCCUGCGAUUCAUGACCUUCACUAUGUAAAUAAAAGUGUUUUGAAUUUGUUUGACAUGAAAAUGAUGCUGGAUACCAGGCUUUACAGAAAAUGCAAAUGCUGUUUGUUUUUGUACAUAAGUGAUGUACAUUGAAACAGUUUCAGCCAGAACAGCAAACAGCCGAUGACACAUGGAGAACUUUAUCCUGUUCUUCGCUGCUGCAUCAGCAGUGUGCACCGUCUCUUCACUUCCUGCACGAAAAUACCACUUUGUUUACGACCCAAAGAGCUGGUCCGACGCUCAGACGUUCUGCAGACAGCGCUACACAGACCUGGCAACCAUCGACAACAUGGCCGACGUCGACGUCCUCAACAACAUGGCCGACUUAAAGCAGAUGGUCUACUCCCAGUUCAGCUACAGAGCCUGGAUCGGACUCUACACCAACGCCGGCCAGUGGAAGUGGGCGGACGGAAGCAAGUUCCUGUUCACACACUGGAAAUCUGGAAAACCCGACAAAAGCACCGACACCAGCGUCUGUGCAGUGGCGUAUUUCCAAGAGUCAGGAAGCUGGGAGGACGAGUACUGCGACAUUAAGAGAGCGUUUAUUUGUUACGAAGCUCCAGUAAAACUGAAGGUUCUGGAAGUGAAGCUGGUCAGAACCUUCAGUCUGGACCUGGAAGAGCCUGCAGUGCUGGCAGACCUGCUGAAGCAGCUGGAGGUGAAGCUGCAGCAGCAGGCAGGAAGCCCACAGGUCAAAGUUCACUUUAGGAGGAAGGAGGACGGGAAGAUUUUCCACAAACUAGACGACGUUUAGUUCUGGAUCAAACUGCUCAACAUUUAUUUAGUAAUAUUUAGUAUUUUGAAGAUCAGAUUCGUUGGGUUGUAGUUCCGUUUGUGUCGGAUCGUUUUCUUAAGUAGAAUAAAUGUGCAGAAAUAUGAAACUGCAGCUUUGGGGGAUUUUAACUGUAAAGAGGAGCCGAUUGGCUGUUUGACUCUAGAAAACUGUAAAUAAUAAAGAUCACUCUAAUAAAGCAGAUUGAUCACUGACAAAUUG